AUGAAAGUCCAUUAUAUUAAUAUAUUAUUGUUUGCUCUUCCAUUAAAUAUAUUGGUAAGAUUAUGUAAUGUAGGUUCCCCCCACAAAAAUCCAUCCAUCACACCAAAAUUUCCACCAAAUACCAGGUUAUUAUGCGACUGUGAAUUAUAUUCACCUGCCAACUAUGAUAGUGAUCCCGAAAUGAAAGCAGUAAUGCAAGGUUUUGAUCGUCAAACAUCGCAACGUUUUGAAGAAUACAAUGAACGCUUGCUCGAAAACAAACAAAAAUGUAAAGAACAAUGCGAUAAAGAAAUACAAAAAAUUAUUUUAAAAGAUAAAUUGGAAAAAGAAUUGGCUGAAAAGUUUGUCACAUUACAAACAGAUAUAUCUAUCAAUGACAUACCCACAUGCGUUUGCGAAAAAUCUUUAGGGGACAAAGUAGAAAAAAGUUGUUUGAAAUGUGGAAAAAAUCUAGGAGGGUUUAUUCCAGGGUUGGGUUUGAUAGGUGGAACUGCUGUAUAUGCUGCAGCAGUAAAUGCUGCUACGAAAGCUGGAAUGAAAGCCGCUCUUGAUGAAUUAAAGAGUGUUAAUGGUCUUUUUCAAUUACUUGGGGAAAAUAUUAAAGAUUUGGUUACUGCAACAAAUUUUAAUUGUAAGGAUGCUCUCCUUAGAAGAAUUGAUACUAUAACAACUCCAUUAUGUAAAUCUGACGAAGCUGUCAAUAAUUUAUAUUGUUCAUUAAAAUCAGGUAAACAGCCAAUGGGAUUUAGUAAAAUAAAAAGUAAGAUAUCCAAUGCUGCGGAAUGGGCUGCUUCAGCUUCUGAUGAAGCCAAAGCAGAAGCAUUGAACGCAACAUUUACAUGGGAAACAUUUUUUUCGAGUCCUUUAGGAAUUUCUCUUCUUGUAACAGUAUGCAUAAUCAUUAUACUAUCAAUUAUUUAUUUAAUUUUACGAUAUCGACGAAAAAAAAAAAUGAAGAAAAAACUCCAAUAUAUAAAAUUAUUAGAAGAAUAA